ACGGCGCAUAGAGCUAUUACUGCCUGUCGUGUGUUUAUUCACCUUGAUGCAUACAACAAAGGCAACGGCGAGAAGGCUCACAAUAACCCGUCGUUGGUUAAUCACAAUUCCACCUCUCCUUCAGUUAGCCCUAGAAGUCCUAGUUCAUCGCCAGGUCCUGUCAGCUUCUUGCCUUUACCCAGUCGUAAGACAACGACGCCGGGGAUUCGUGCCGCUAUGGGCACUAUCAAUUCGUUUGGCCCACCACAAUCCGCCAGGAGGAAGUCUUCUUACGAGCGCGACCUCACUUCGGUAGACUCCGAGUCAGACUCGAAGUCCUCACGGUGAUAGGCGUUUAACCGCUCAGAUUUCAUGGUAUAUCCGCUUUGGCUCAGCCAUUCGAGUGGACGCUGGACAAUGGUUUUAAUCACCGUUUUACACUGGAUUUCACAGUUCGAGGUUGCAAUUUGCAAAUGUAGGAGAAAUAUCUGUAAUCAAA